AUGAAUUCACCCGGAAGCUCUUCCGCUUCGACAUCACGAACUUUCGAAGGAAGCACAACACCACCCCCGUUAGCAGGUCACCCCCCCGCAUUGACCAGAAUGGCGUCUCUAGGCAACAUUCCUCAAAGUGACAAGUCUAAAUCUUUCGACAUUGUCGAAACCUACAAUCGCCUGCUGCAUGAAGACCCCGAGAUUACUAUGCCAGUUGCAGCGAUCGAGGCCCUGAUCGAGCUUCUUGUGCAAUCAAAUGCGGAUACAGUCUACGAGUUCCUUGAUCUGGUCAAAACCCAGUCCGACUACCUCAAAUCCCGAAUCCCCAACUCGAUCUCCCUCUCCGCUGGCACAGACUUGUUCCAGCGCUAUAUGAUCAGUUCAAUGAAGCCUAGUAGUACUGGCGACUUCGAGACAGUGCGACAGCACUUAUUAAGCAAUGGGAGGCUGUUCGUGAGCCGCGCAAAGGCUGCCAGAGAGAGAAUCGCUGCGUACGGAAAAGACUUUGUUCGCGAUGGAAGUGUAGUUCUGACACAUGGUGGAUCGAGAGUAGUGGGCACGCUUCUAGGAAAGGCCGCGGAAGCCAGCAAGACUGGAGGAAAUGUCAGAUUCAAGGUCAUCUAUGUGAUGAACCAAGCGCGGAGCUCGGAGAGCAAAGCUGUUGUUUCUUUGUUGAGGGCGAAGGGCGUUCCAGUUGCUACAAUCAGCGAGGGCGCUGUGGGUUAUGCGAUGGGCAAGGUUAAUCUGGUCAUCGUCGGUGCUGAAGGUGUUGUUGAAAAUGGAGGCAUUAUCUCCAGACUGGGCACUUACCAAAUUGCGCUACUUGCGAAGGCUGCAGGGAAACCAUUCUACGUGGCUGCGGAAAGUCAUAAAUUCGUUCGACUCUAUCCUCUAGGCCAAUAUGAUCUAGGUAUUGACCAGCAGGUCAUUGAAUUCCAGACUGAGGAUGAGAAAGACCUGACGGAGAAUGAGAGGACGUUUGCGGAGCGGACGCCCACAGAUGAGUAUUUUGGUAACAUUGAUUUACCUAAACCAAACACCGCAGUAGAUGCCGUUGACUUCACACCACCUGCCCUCGUCUCGGCUCUCAUCACCGAGACAGGCGUCUUGACACCUAGCGCAGUCAGUGAAGAGUUAAUCAGCAUGUGGUAUUGA